GUCCAACGUCUAUUAGGGAUCAGUUCGCAUCUCUCCGCGACAUAAAGAUCGAAUAUAACUCGCCAUGAACUCCGUGGCUUCCAAACGACUCUUUCAGGAGUACAAAGCUCUCACCGUAGACCCGCCCGAAGGCAUCACCGCUGGACCCGUCAACGAAGAUGAUCUCUUCGUCUGGGAAGCAAUAAUCCAAGGCCCGGAAGGGACACCUUUCGAAGGCGGUGUCUUUCCAGCAGAGCUCAAGUUCCCCAAGGACUACCCUCUUAUGCCGCCGACCAUGAAAUUCACUUGCGAUCUAUGGCAUCCAAAUGUCUACCCCAACGGCGUAGUCUGUAUCUCUAUCCUGCACCCUCCUGGUGACGACCCGAACCACUACGAAUCCGCCUCAGAACGAUGGAGUCCCAUACAAAGCGUAGAGAAGAUCUUGAUAUCUGUCAUGAGCAUGAUUGCGGAGCCAAAUGACGAGUCACCAGCGAAUAUUGAUGCGGCGAAGAUGUGGCGAGAGCGGAGACCGGAGUUCGAAGAAAGGGUCAGGCGAGACGUGAGAAGGAGUUUAGGUUUGUGAUACGAGUGUCGGAAUACCACAAGAGACGUUAUGUACAUGUUUGAGCGAGGCGCAUGGGACUGGAAAGAAAGCAUGGAAUAUGCUA